AGUCGGCGGGAGGACUGUACAGCUCCGGGAGAAAGAAAGACCGUAGAAGGGUCAUAGUUUCUGUUGUAGUACUGUUAAACCAAAGUGUAUUGUUAUCUAACGUUAGACGAUCUCCUUCAGAAAGCUCGUAGAUGUAUUGGUUUGUCUGCUAACCAACCAGCUGUUUAACCGGCCAGGUCUGUCUGUCACCUUGCUAACUAGCUAUUAUUAGCUAGCUAACGAAACUAACUAGUGGCCUUGCUAACUCCUGGAGAAACGUUUUGUUUAAUUAACUAACUGCAUUGACAGCCAUCCUUUAGGUUUGUUCAGUUAAACGUUAAACGCAAUUUUAACUAGCUACUCGCCAGACUAAUGGCGAAGGUCCAGGUUCUCAAUGUUGCUGUUUUGGACAAUCCAAGUCUUUUCGGAAACCCUUUUCAGUUUGAAAUUACAUUUGAGUGCAUGGAAGAUCUACCCGAAGACCUGGAAUGGAAGAUAAUAUAUGUUGGCUCAGCAGAGAGUGAGGAAUAUGAUCAGACUCUUGACUCCGUGCUGGUUGGUCCUGUACCAGCUGGGAGACACGUGUUUGUGUUUCAGGCAGAGGCUGCAAACCCUUCUUUCAUACCAGAGAGUGAUGCAGUAGGCGUUACUGUUGUCCUGAUCACCUGUACAUACCGUGGACAGGAGUUCAUCCGCAUUGGCUACUAUGUGAACAAUGAGUACACUGAUCCUGAGCUGCGGGAAAAUCCACCAAUCAAGCCAGACUACUCACAGCUCCAGAGGAACAUUCUGGCUUCCAACCCACGUGUAACUCGCUUCCACAUCAACUGGGAGGGGAGUGCAGAGAAGAUGGAGGAUCUGGAGAAUGUGGAUCCGGCCCCCAAUACCACGAUGCCCUCUUGUGCUGGGGGCAAAGCGCCACCCCUUGGUCUUGGAAUGAUGCCAGACAACUCCAUGGACUGCAUGUAAGACAGACUCUGCAUGUAGACCUGACACAGGAGCACAUCCACGGCCUCACUCAGUCCAGGCAGUCAAGCCUGAGAAGUGAGAAAGGAGUGGCUGCCUGAAAGACACACUGAGCCAGCUAAGCCUUAACAGCCCCCAAACCUCUUCAGUAUGUUUGUUUUAUCCGCUGGUAUGCACUUACAGCAGAUAGACGUUGUGCGCCUCUGGCUGAAGAAUGUAUCGUAUCAAGAGCCUCAUUGCAAAAGCACUAGGGAACAUUGAAGCAAGCAUAGCUGCUACGAUCUUGGGAUAAUCAUAUCUAUAAUUUAAAUAUUUAUUUAUACCUUAAAGUCUUUACUCUUUACUAAGGAAAUGGGCAGGUGGCCUGUUGGGCUAAAUGUGAAUGUGUGCCUUUACCAUUCUUCCUCAUUGGCCGUCCGUAUUUACCAACAACUCUUCCUCAUUGGCCGUCUGUAUUUACCAACAACUCUUCCUUAGUGGAGGAUGCAGGUGACUGGGUUUGUAUGGGUGGUCAAGUGUAUUAUACUGUAUAUCUAAUACUCUGUGUUUUUUUUCUAUGUCUUCAAAUAAACCAUGUUUUGUUAUAUCUGG